AUGCUUUUUGGUCGCCUUUUCGGCGUGGCCGCACUUUCUGCCAUCGUCAAGGCCGUUGAAUUAUCGGGCUAUGAAUACAUCGUGGUUGGUUCUGGGGCAGGAGGUGGUCCCUUAGCGGCGCGACUCGCAUUAGCAGGUCAUAGCACGCUUCUAAUUGAAGCUGGAGAUGACCAGGGAGCGAAUUUGAACUACACCGUCCCAGCUUUCUCCGCCAAAGCUUCUGAGGAUGAAACUAUGGCAUGGAACUUUUACGUCAAGCACUACGCCGAUGAAGCUCGGCAAAAGCUCGACUUCAAGACGACAUAUGAAACUCCCGAUGGCAAAGAGUACACGGGAUUGAACCCACCCGCGGGUUCCACAAUGAAAGGCACUCUUUACCCCCGUACUGGAACACUUGGUGGCUGCACGGCACACAAUGCUCUGGUUACCAUCUAUCCUCAUGAGUCUGACUUCGAAUACCUCGCCACACUCACCGGAGAUGGCUCAUGGUCACCCGAAAAUAUGCGCAAGUACUUUAAGCGUAUGGAGAACAACCGCUACCUACUUCCAUUGCUCAAGGGCCACGGCUACGACGGUUGGUUGAGCACCGAGACCGCACCACUAAGCAUUGUUUUGAAAGAUCCACAACUUCUAAGCCUGCUACUUGGUGGGGCAUUUUCUCUGGGUAAUACGACCAAGUCAAUUUUCAAUCUCGGCACCCUCCUCGCAGGAGACGCAAACUCGGCCGCAAGCAGCCGCGACACCAAACCUGGAUACUAUCAAGUCCCUGUGGCGUCCGAUGAAAGCUCUCGUAACGGCCCCCGCGAGUUCUUGACGGCCGUUAGGGAUGCAAAGAACGCCGACGGGUCUAAGAAGUUCCCACUUGACAUCCGUAUGAAUUGCCAUGUGACCAAAGUCACCUUUGACGAGACUGUCACACCUCCCCGCGCUACAGGCGUCGAGUUCCUAGACGGCAAAUAUCUAUACAGCGCCAGUCCCCGCUCCAAGACCGCGGGCAAGGGAACGCCUGGCUCAGCAGCGGCUUCUCGUGAAGUUAUCGUCGCUGGUGGCGUGUAUAACUCCCCUCAGAUCCUGAAGCUCAGCGGUAUUGGGCCAGGAGAGGAGCUCCAAAAGUUUGGAAUCAAGGUUAUCUCUAACCUUCCCGGUGUGGGCACGAACCUGCAAGAUCACUACGAGAUUGCAGUACAAGGUCAAGUCCCUAAGGACCUCGCCGCUCUCAAGGGAUGCACCUUUGAUAAUGGUGAUAGCGAUCCUUGUCUUGAUCGCUGGAAGAAGCCAGUCCUCGGCGACCACGGUGUCUAUUCGUCAAAUGGAUUCGCAGCUGCGAUGUACUACAAGAGUACCGUCACUGCGGAUGACAGCUUCGACGUGUUCGUGUUCGGCGGGCCUCUCAACUUCCGCGGAUAUUUCCCACAAUACAGUAUCAAUAUCACCGCCCACCAUGACUGGUUCACUUGGGCGGUUUUGAAAGCCCACCCUCGUAACACCGCUGGAUCUGUGAUGCUCCGCUCUGCCGAUCCGCUCGAUAUGCCCGAGAUUGUUUUCAACUACUUUGACACUGGCUCUGGUGACUAUGGAAAGGAUUUGCAAGCCAUCACUGAGGCUAUUCGUCUUGCGCGCGGCGCCUUUGAUCGUCAAUUGGUUGAUGUGUCUGAGAUCCUCCCUGGCGAUGAUGUCCAGACUGAUGAGCAGGUGCAUGAUUACAUCAAGAAUACGGCUUGGGGUCACCACGCUUCCUGCACAUGCCCCAUUGGAACUGAUGACGAUCCCAUGGCUGUUUUGAAUUCUAAAUUCCAAGUUCGUGGCGUCUCGGGACUUCGUGUUGUGGAUGCAUCUGUGUACCCCCGUAUCCCCGGAACGUUCACUGCUGUUUCCACUUUCUUAGUGGGCGAGAAGGCAGCUGAUGUGAUUUUGGAAGCAGCGAAAGCGAGUCAGUGA